AUGGCUGAUGCAGAACCAUGGAAGACAGUCAAGAUACCCCCGAUCGUGCAGGAGCUGGCGACCGGCAUGCAGGAGCCACCGAGCCGGUAUGUGAUCGCUGAGCAGAACCGGCCCACCGCGGCUGGUUUUGAGAUGCCCGAUCCCAUACCCAUCAUCGAUCUCAGCCGACUGUCUGCCAACUGUGCUGAUGAGGUUGCCAAGCUGCGGUCCGCCUUGGAGAAGUGGGGUCUGUUCCUGGCUGUUGGCCAUGGAAUGGAGCAAAGUUUUCUUGGUGAGGUGAUGGGAGUGGCUAGGGAAUUCUUCAAGCUCCCACUGGAAGAGAAGCAGAAGUAUUCGAACUUGGUGAACGGCAAUGAAGUCAGGAUCGAAGGUUACGGGAACGACAUGGUCGUGUCAGAGAAGCAAAUCCUGGACUGGUGUGACCGCCUCUACAUCAUAGUGGAACCUGAGAAUCGAAGAAUCUACAGCUUGUGGCCAACACAGCCUCCAUCGUUCAGAGAUAUUCUGAGUGAGUACACAGUCAGGUGCCGUAAGAUCGCCAAUCUUUUCCUCCAGAACCUGGCCAAGCUACUAGAUUUACACGAGGACUACUUCGUCAACAUGUUCGACGAGAAUGCCUUGACAUACGCCAGGUUAAACUACUACCCUAACUGUCUGAAGCCGGACCACGUCUUCGGCAUGAAGCCCCACACCGAUGCCUCGGUGAUCACAAUCGUCUUCAUCGAUGAUAAUGUCAGCGGGCUCCAGCUUCAGAAAGAUGGCGUCUGGUACAACGUACCCAUUGUUCCGAAUACAUUACUCGUGAACGUGGGAGAUGUAAUGGAGAUAAUGAGCAAUGGAUUCUUCAAGAGCCCGAUUCACAGGGUUGUGACCAAUGUGGAGAAAGAGCGGCUAUCUUUGGUGAUGUUCUACACGAUGAACCCGGAGAAGGAGAUUGAGCCACUGUCAGAGCUGGUGGAUGAGAAAAGACCGAGGCGGUACAGGAAGACAACAACUAAUGACUACAUAGCAAAACUCUUCGAAACUUUUGCUAGGGGGACACUAGCUAUCGACACAGUGAAGAUCUGA